CCGGUCUCCCUCCUUUUCUGCAGCGGCCGUGUACCGUGAACAUGCCUCUCGCUAAAGAUCUCCUGCACCCGUCUCCUGAGGAGGAGAAGAGGAAGCACAAGAAGAAGCGCUUGGUCCAGAGCCCCAACUCCUACUUCAUGGAUGUGAAGUGUCCAGGUUGUUAUAAGAUCACCACGGUGUUCAGUCAUGCCCAGACGGUCGUCCUGUGUGUCGGCUGCUCCACGGUCCUCUGCCAGCCCACCGGAGGCAAGGCGCGCCUGACAGAGGGUUGCUCUUUCAGGAGGAAGCAGCAUUAACCAUUGAUGAUCCGGAGGCGUCAUGGAGGGUCCGGGCUCCGCUCACACCGGACACUGGACCCCGUUCCCCUGACUGUCAAUAAAUUUUUGGAUACAAACUUCA